UAAGCCUUAUGAGGGUGUUAGCGAAUCGGAUUGGGAAUAUCUAUGUAAUUGUUGGAGCGACCCUUCAUAUCUGCAAAAAGCUUUGAAGAAUGCUGAGUCAUGUAAGAAAAGAAAAUGGAUUUCUAGAAACGGAUCUAAAAGUACAGCACGCCAUCACAUUAGUCGUGGGGUUGACUUAAAUGCUCCUGUUGGUCAUAUUGAGACGUGGCGUCUCCGUCAUUGGCAUCCAGAACGUGGUUGGGUAUCUGUAGAAGCUGAAUCUAAAUAUGAAGAAAUUAUGGAAUUGAGAAGAGAAAAAUCACCUGAAGAUUUAACUGAUAAACAAAUAUUAGAGAAGGUGCUUGGACGAGAAUCUGUUCGUCUAUUUGGUUGGGGACGGUCUCCCACUGGGUCCAAAAGAAGCAAAGGUGAUUCAAAUAUUCCAACUUAUACUCAAUUGAUGGAUCGUGUUGGAGAACUUUCAGGCACUGUUGAAAUGAUGAAAAAGUUGUUGAUUGAGAAGAAUAUUAUGCCUCCCAUGUCACAUGUUCCUUCAGAUCAUUGUUCAGUACCGCUUAAUCGUGGGUCAUCCUCUAUUGAUCGAGGCCAGCAUGUUGACGGUU